AUCUUGUUUGGCUAACAAUAGAAAAUUAUAGUUCAUUAUUAUCUUCAUUUUCUUAGUAUCUCUCUCGCCUGAUCCUCUCCUCUCCUCUCCUUCCCUUUGGAACCAUAUUUUCAAUCUCAAUUACCAUGGACUCGGCGGACUUCUCCGGCGGCAAGUCGCCCAGGAGAGAGCUCCUAGGCCCCCGGCCGACACCACUCAAAGUCCGUAAAGACUCACACAAGAUCAGGAAACCCCCGGUGGUGCCACAACCGCAGGCUCAACAUCCUCCCCCAGUCAUAAUAUACACUGUUUCUCCGAAGAUAAUUCACACACAGCCCAGUGAGUUUAUGACACUGGUGCAGCGCCUCACGGGCUUGUCUUCUUCGUCGUCGUCCUCAGCGCCUCUUGAUAGUGGUGCAGUGUCCCCGGCUGCCAGGUUUGCUAGCAUAGAGAAGACCAAGGUGUCGGCGGAGGAGGAGAAGAAGAAGAAGAUGCAAAGCAGUGGGGAUGUGGAUGUUGUGGAAGGGAUAGAGAUAGGUGGUGGGGUUGAGAGAAGCGGGUGGUUUCCAGGGAUUCUCUCUCCUGGACCGUCUUCUUUACCGGCAAUCUCACCGAAUUUCUUCUCUCCUGGGUUCGAUCCAUAUUCUCUGAACAUUUUUCAUGAUUUCAGCCCUGCUGUACAUGGCAACAAGAAUUACAUAGAAGGUAGCUUCAUGCCUAGUCCCUCAAUUUUUGGUAACAAGAGCUUCAUAGAAGGUAACUUCAUGCCUAGUCCCUCAAUUUUUGGUAACAAGAGCUUCAUAGAAGGUAGCUUCAUGCCUAGUCCCUCAAUUUUUGGUAACAAGAGCUUCAUAGAAGGUAGCUUCAUGCCCAGCCCUUCAACCUUUCUUUCAACACCUCACAAUCCUUCUCCAACUGCAUCUCUAGACCUCUUCAAUAAUUUCCUAGAUUUCUGACCCAUCCAACGGACAAGCCUGAGUUAUCUGGAUUAUCUGCUUCUGUGUAUGAUCUUAAAUGGCGUGGAUGAUACAAAGAGGGGACUAGAUUGGAAAUUUGAGUUUUGAUUUAGAGAGCAGUGGGCAAGCAAGUUGUUGGGGGUUGGAGGGGACUAGUUAAAGGGUUUUAAUAACUUGCUGGGGCCAUACAGCGAUGGGGGCAGCUCGGCUCAAGUGUAUCUUAAUAUCGUUUCCGAUACCAUUUUUUUUUUUGUCAAACACUUUUGGCAUAUGUAAUUUGCAACAUAUUUGACCUUUCUUAUUCAUUAAUUCUUCCAUGUUCCCUGGGUUCCCUUGUAUGCUUUUUGAACCCCCUUUAUUUAUAUACCGGAUCCACCACCAAACAUUGUAGGUUGUGUUUGAAGUUUUAGCCUUUGGAUUCUCCGUUUGAAUACAUGUCCAUUUUGCUGGACAGUUUGUUAA